AGAGAAAGCACAAUGGAAAGAGCAGCCGGUGUACCUCUGGUGUUCUUCCUCCUCUGUUGCUCCUCUCUUCUCGCCUCGCUCAAUCUGUCGGUAGCGCAGACCCCGAUACCAGCCAAGUACGACGGAUUUGUGUAUGGAGGUGGAUCGUUAUGGAAGGGUUUAGUCAUAAUAGAAGCUUUUCUCGACCCGAUGUGCCCAGAUAGCAGAGAUUCUUGGCCUUCGCUGAAGCAAACUCUAAAGUUUUAUUACCCUCGUGUUUCUCUCGCUGUUCAUCCGUUUGCUCUCCCAUACCACAGCAAUUCCUAUGCUUCUUGCCGUGCACUUCAUAUUGCAAAUAAUCUAAAUGCUUCCUCAGCUUAUCCGUUGCUUGAUCUCUUCUUCAAAUACCAGGAGAAAUACUACAAUGAACCAACUUACAAUAAAUCAAGGGCUUUCAUAACUGAUCAUUUCUCUAAGAUUGCGGAAAAAGCUGUGGGUCGGGGAUCAUACUCUGCCAUCAAGUCCGGCUUCGAUGAUUCAAAAACUGAUAUGGCAACCAGAAUCUCCUUCAAGUAUGGUUGUUCGAGGGGAGUUAUGGGUACACCUUAUUUCUUCGUUAAUGGCAUCCCUUUACCAGACUAUGGCUCUGCCCUUAACUUCCACGAGUGGAACAGAAUUAUUGAUCCCCUCUUAACAGAGAAGAAAUGAUUGCAUUGGUGAGGUGGUGCUCUUAUUUUUUGAAUGAAUAAUAAUAUUUCAAAAUAAAAUUUAUCAUGUAUUGUAAUAUCCUGUUCAUUAAGCGAAUGAUGCAUUCCUUAUAUAAACUUUGAGAGAUUGAUACAUUUAAUAUAUAAAGAUGCAUGCAUGCAGACCAUCCAA